AUGAGCUACAGUCCGCUCCUCGGCGCCGAUCGGCGAGCUGGCGAGCCCAGCUCCGGCAUCGCAUCUUCGGCCUCGAUCCGCGACACGCUCUCAGGCGCGCUCAACUCCACAAAAGCCUAUCUCCAGCCAUUCGCUCCCGGCUCUCCCUACCUCGGCUCCAGCCCCAUCAACGGUCACAGCGAGCCGAGUCGCCUGCUUUCCGAUGUCGCCCCUCAACUCAUGACCACCCGCAUGAUGGCGGCGGUCACCAACUCCAACACCGCCCUCGGCCUCACUCCCGAUGGCCAACGCCGAGCGCGGCUGCUGCUCACUCCUGGCUUCUCCAUCACCAGUCCCGCCAGAUCUCUCGUUCGUAUCGGCGGCUCGCUCAUCCAAUCUGGUAUCGGCCGAGGGCCGAUGAAUGGCAUCACCUCCAAUGAGCUGUUUGUGCUCGAAGAGAGCGAUCGCAUCCUCGCAACGGCAGCACAGGACCUCGACAUUACUGCUAAUGGAGAUGCACAGUCCGGCUCCCGAGGUGCCAUCGAAGCUUCCAAGUCGAAAGGCUCUGAUCCCUCCGUCUCGCUUCUAAGGGGCUUCCAAGCCACAAUACCCAGCUCCACCGAGGGGCGGUCACGCCGCAGACGCGUCCGUGCUGUCGCCAGCGGAUUCGAGGAUGGGCCUGAAGGUCCUACCAAGCUUGGCCUUAAGGCGAUGGGCGACAAGGCGCGCGGUCUCAUGGUGGAAGGUGUCGAAACCGAGCCUGUCUCGGCCUUCCAGGCGCGCGAGCAGCGUCAUGCACGCAGGAAUCAGGCGAGCCGCAUCAUCUCCAGAGGUAAGGACGGCAAUCGAACUCAAGCCAUCGAACUCGAAGAGCUUGAAAGGCAGCUGCGGGAAAUCGAGCGCGAGCAGGACGACGUGGGUGUGCGGCGCUCGCUCAUCGAUUCAGAGAUGGCUGCUGUCGAUGCAAAGAUCAAGGUGCUCGAAAAGAUCAAGGCUGGUCUUCACAAGAAGCUUCUGGGUCUACGCGAGGAGGAGCUCGAGCUCAACGACGAGCACGAGGGAGUCGGAGAGCUCUUGGCCGUCCAAAAGCACCUGCGCGCUAUGCCUGGUGGACCCGCUGCUGCGGCUAACGCGGCGGCGUCGGGAGCGACGACCAGCCAGAGCAGCAGUCGUCGACGCAAGGGACCUCUGUUCAUGCCAUCCGAACACGACGAGCUGCCAUCUGGUGUCGCCUUCAUGACGCUCGCCGAUCACUCGGCUCCCAUCACUUCACUGGACUUCACCGAGCCGUACGGAACUUUGGUUUCAGCAUCGCUCGACGAGACGGUGCGCGUGUGGGAUCUGGCUUCGGGUGAUGAGGUGGGCAGGUUGCGCGGACACACCGGCACGGUCAAGUGCCUGCAGGUCGAGGACGAGGUGUGCAUCACCGGUGGCUCUGACCACUCGAUCCGCAUCUGGGACUUGACCAAGGUGGAGAACUUCGAGGCGAGGCGCACCAUGACGGCUUCGGGAGAGCUUCAACCACGCCGAAGGUCGCCCGACCUCAACCGCAGUCCCCAGUUCACCGGAGACGAAAGCAUGGAUAGCAUCAAGAUCCGCGAUGGCGACACGACUCUUGGAGAGGACGACGAUGAGGAUGUGCGCGACGAGUUUGAUCCGUGCGUCAAGAACCUCGAGGGCCACAGCAAGUCGGUCACGGCACUCUACUUUGACGACAAUUGUUUGGUCACCGGUGCUUCGGACAAGACGUUGCGUCAGUGGGAUCUCAACACGGGCCAAUGCGUGCUCACCAUGGACAUUCUAUGGGCCAUCUCGAAUCCGACGUCGUCGCAGGCCAUCUCGCAGUCCGAGUUCGGCUUCCCCGAGUCACCGUCACGCAAGGCAUCGUCCUCGUCGAUUCUGGGGCCAACUCGACCCGACCUGACUUCGCGCGAUUCGUUCUCGGUGCUCAACAACCUCUCUGGCGCCUUUGCGUACCCAACUCCACCCUACGCGGAUGGCAGCUGGGAGAUGUACCAAGACUUUGUGGGCGGAGUGCAGUUCUGGGGCUAUGCGCUGGCCAGUGGUUCCGGAGACGGCGGUGUGCGCAUGUGGGAUAUGCGAACGGGUCAAGCGCACCGCACCUUGCUCGGCCACACGGCACCCGUGACGUGUCUGCAGUUCGACGAGCAUCACAUCAUCUCGGGCAGCUUGGACAAGUCGAUGCGCAUCUGGGAUCUGCGCAUGGGCAGCAUCUCGGACACGGUCAGGUACGAUCACCCCGUCACGGCGUUGCAGUUCGACUCGCGAAAGAUCCUCGCCGCGACAGGCGAGAAUGGUGUCAAGAUCUUCAACCGUACCACGCUACAGCACGGAUCGUUGACGCUCAACGGACACACUUCGCCGGUGGAGAGGCUGAGGUACAUGGACAGAUAUGCCGUUUCGGGUGGAAAAGAUAGCGUUGUCAAGAUCUGGGCGUUGUAA